AUGUUCACAAUUGGUCAAAACAUUUGGCUCACCAUUUAUGCUAGCGUCAAUUACAAAUCGCGUGCGAGGGCCGUCUGGUUGCUUCUACUUCCGGCUGGAGCAGACUCUCAUCCCAAGCUUGAUCAGAUUCCAAUCCUUGGCUCCCUGUAUUGGGUCACACGAGUGUUUGCGAGAGUACAGAAAGAACUUUUCGAUCAUGGCCAGGUCAUUAGCAUUAAAUCUGUAUGUCUCAGUGAAGUGGUGCACCAAACCGGGGCUCGGGUGCGCCAGUUUCCCGCGCCAGAGACCAGCUGGAGGCGGAUUGGGCCACCGGAGAUUGGCCGAUUGAUGGCCGGGCCCGAUAGGCAGAGACGGCGUGAAGACGGGACGACAACAGCACAAGCUUGGAUAUGUCUUUGCUUUUGCCGGUCUCACUUUUCACUUUAUGUCUGCCCAGUCUUGUUCGGCUCUCUCGACUGUCUGUACAUACGUCUGCUCUCUUCUUCCCACAACUUCGUCCCCUGCCUGCUCUUCCAUCCCCAUGACAGUGUGUGGGUCUUUCCGAGGACCGGCUAA